AAAGACAGCAGCCAAAUAUUAGGCGACACUUAUAAUCGAUUAAGAAAAUACUAUCGACAAAACGUAAUGAACCGAAUACUACCAUAAAUACUACCAACUAAACAUAAUUUAUCUAAAGUGUCAAUGUCUGUUUUUAAAUGAACAGCGUGUUUUACGGCGCGUGUUCAUUACAGCGAAUUUGAAUUUAAAAAAAAAAAAUUUUCAGAACUCAUUCGUUUUAUGUUUAUUUUUAUUUGAUUAAGUAAGAAACUGUUAAGUGGGAGGAAAAAAAAAUGAUAAUGGAAGAAGUAAUGGAAGAAGUUCAGAAUUUAUUUGAAACAUUCAAAAAUGAUGAAAGUUGUUUUGAACUUGAUAUUUCAUCUUAUGACAUAGAGGAAAUUCCACAUUCUUUAUUUAAUUUGCCAACCAAUAGACUCAAGUUUCUUAUUCUUGACCACAAUAUCUUAACAUCAUUGCCUUUUGAUAUAAAUAAGUUGGUUAUGUUAAGAAAAUUAAGUAUUGUUGGUAACGAGUUAACCGAAUUAAGUCAUAGUUUUUCUUCAUUAUUGUAUUUAGAAGAAUUAAAUCUUAACGAAAAUUUAUUGACAGUUCUCCCUUCUGAUAUUGGAAAAUUACAAUCUCUUCAAAUAUUUUCUGCAAUUGGAAAUAAUCUAAGAUCUCUACCACCUAGUAUAACACAGCUUGAAUCAUUAAAAGAGCUGCAUCUCGAUGAAAACAAAAUAUCCUAUCUUCCUUCUAAAUUUAGUGGUUUAAAGUCAUUAAUUGUAUUAGACAUUCUAAAUAAUUGCUUAGAAGAACUUCCUAUAGAUAUAGGGAGUGUUAAAACUCUGCAAAUUUUAAACUGCAAUGGUAACUUGCUUCGAUCACUCCCAGACAGUUUUUCCAAUUUAUCAUCACUAAAGUUUCUUGAUCUUGGUAGUAAUAACAUAGAUGAACUACCAGAAACUUUGAGUUGUGCAAAAACUAUUGAAAAACUUUUCUUAGAAAAUAAUAUGUUGAAAAUAGUACCAUUGUGGUUUCAUGAAUUACAUAGUUUAGAAGAACUUUCAAUACAUGAUAAUGAAUUGCAACAUCAACCCUUUGAUAAUUUAUUUUGUAAAAGUUGUUUGAAAUUAAAGAAAAUAGAAGCAGGAGCAAAUUUUAUUUUUUCUUUGCCACCACACUUUGGAUCAUUAACAAAUUUGGAUUACUUGCACCUAGGGAGCACAAAAAGUGAACUUGAACGCAGCCAUUUCCAAAAUGGAAACUGGAUUACAACUUUGCCGGAUUCAUUUUGUGAACUUUCUAAGUUAAAAAAAUUGAAUAUAAAUGAAAAUCAAAUUGAACUACUACCUUUACAAUUUGGUGAACUUAAAUCAUUGACUUGGUUAGAUUUGGGUCAGAAUAUGCUUCGAGUUCUUCCACCUUCAUUUUGUGAACUUACAAACUUAGAGUUUUUGCAACUUUCUAAAAAUAUGUUAGUGGAGUUACCUGAAAACUUUGGAAACUUAAAAAACCUCAAAGAUUUAAGAUUAGAUAAUAAUUGUCUCAAAAAAUUACCUAUAUCAAUUGAAAAUAUUUUGGGUCUUCAAUGUUUAGAUCUUUUUCACAAUAAUCUCACAGAAAUGCCGAUGUUUGUUUUUAAGUUAAAAAAAAUUAUUAGGCUAGAUUUAGAUCAAAAUUUAUUUCAACUUAGCAUUGCAAAUGUACCAAAAAUUCUACCAAGUGAUAACUAUCCAGCGCGUGAUCCAUCUCUUAAAGAUAAUUGGAGGGGCAAAAGUCGCUAUAAAAAAAUGAGUGAAAAUGUAAUUGAUUUUAAAUCUCCUGAAAAUGAAGGUGAAAAUGAUACUCAGAAUGAAAUUGAAUGGAACUUUAAUGCCUUACAAAAUGCAAUGAGACAAGGAACAGCAAUGUGGAGGUCCCAUUCAAAUGCUGAGCCGAGAGAACUCUUUAGUCGUGAUAGAAAAGCUGAAGUAAACAACGACGAAUGGAUUGCAAUGAAUUUCAAUGUUUCGUUAGCAAAUAAAAAUAAGCCAAAAGUUUCAAAUCCUGGUGAAGAAGACUGGGACUCAGAGAUAGAAAAUAAUAACAAUUAUAAUAAUGUUAUUAACGUGUGCAGCAUGCGUGAAGAAGUAAACUCGAAUAUAAUUGAUGAUUUUCAAAAUAGUGUAAAUCGUUACCCUCCCGCUUGUCAGGCUUUUACGUCAGUUGCCUCAUAUGACUCUUUUGUUUAUAAAAAAUGCGAGCAAUUAAAAGUUGUAUCUAAGAACUUUAAAAGUUUUGAGGUAAUUGAGGGUCAGUUUGAUGACUGCUAAUUUUUUUUUGUAUUUUGUUUUUUUGGUGUUAUAUUUAAAGCGUGAAACAUUAAAUCUAAUUACGUCGUUCAGAAAAAGAAUCUCUAUAUUGUAUAUAAUCUCUAAAUUAUAUUUAAUGAAAGUUGUUUCUUAAUA